AUGGUGAAAAGAAAGUCAUCCCAAACUGAAGACGAUGACUUGUUGCUGAACCGCCAACCUACAGAUGAUCGCGAGGAGGAGGAUUACGAUGUUGCUGAUCUCUCUUCCAUUCCCGCUCCGAAGAUCGAGUUUAUUAUGCCAAACUUGACCCCGCUAGAAGGUGCGAAGAAGCAACCACUGAAGAAGAAAAGCUCGAAGGCGUUAAGUACACCGCCAUCAUCGUCAGGGGAAACUCUGACAUCAGAACAGCUCAAUAUGGAGGUGGGAGAAUGGUCUGAGCUAUUAAGCAAAACCUUAGGCGGUGGUCCUGCAAUGUCUUGUUCUUGCGACCCUUAUAUAUUUUCGCUAUCUACGCAAGAAAAUUCUCUAAUUAUUGUUCAUUUGCGACCUGUUGUGCGGAAAGCGCAGAACUUUCUGGCUCAGCGACUGGUGAGGAAGAUGAAGCGAUUAGAAAAAUUGCUAGAAGAGAGGGAAACUGAUGCCGUGAAACGGAAAGUGGCAAGAUUCGAAGAGGAAAUCCAUUUUCUCAGAGUUUGA